UUGCCUGUAAAAAAUGAAAAACAGAGCAAGUAAAACAGAAUAUUUCUCUAGUAUAUACGGAUGUUAGAAAUAGUUUGUUUUCUUUGUACUUUCACAUACACAUUAAUGUCAAAAUUUGAAACUUAAUUAUUAAGGACAUCUUAAUUUUUGACUCUUAAAAAUGUUCAAGACAAUGAAUUUUCUUGAAUUAAAGAUUACAGUAGCUUUAAAAAUGAUCAAGAUACACGUACAAACAAAAUCUCAGAUGCUCUUGGAAACACAUUUUAAGAUAUAGCACACAUGAUACGUAUUUCUUUUGGGGUUUGAUUAUCCUUUCGGGAUGCUGAAGAAUACUUGAUUUAUUUUACACCAAAAAUUUAGCUUUUGAUAACCACAGCUUGGAUAGAUCACAAAAUGGAACCUGACAGUUUUCUCAAUAUGCUUUCAGUCCAAAUAACUCAAAAACAUCUCAGGUCCUAAGCUGGAUAAAUUAGUUACUUUUUCUCAUAUAAUUAAUAUCAGUGGGCUCUUGUACUGGCAGUCUGUCUUGGUCAUGACUUACUCUUGCAAAGCCACCCCUUACAGUAACAUACGAAAGGUAUUUUCCUCAAUGCAAGGAAAUUAAUCUGGAUCAAUAACAAAGUCAAAGCCAUAAAUGUUUCAGGACAUUCUUGAAAACAGGUUUCAACAGUAUUCAGAUCCUUUUUCUUUAACAAUUUUCUUCCUUUUUCAUAACUGUGCAGUCACUACUUUAUUCUACAAAAAAAAAAAAAAAAAUUUUUUUUUUUGAAGACCAAGUUUUUCAUUGGCACGGAACUAUUUGGAAUGAACCCAAGAGACAGUGGAAUGCCAGGUCUCUCCUCAAGUAGUUUCCUCCUCUUCCCAGCGUUUAACUACUCUCUAUCAAUAAUCUCAUCGCAGCCGAGCUCUUCGGUCAGACGAUUGACAACCAUGAGUGAAAAAAGCUCUUCGAUAAAAGCCAACUGAUCAAACGGGGUCUUCUCGUAAUGCAUCUGAAACCCGCCAUCCAGAGCUGCUUCUCUUGCUCUGGAGGUUCUCAAAAACAUCUUGUUGGCUUCUUCAAGGGCCGCGGAUACUCUGUAGCCUGCACCACUCAGCUGCUCCUCUUCCGGAUAGUCGUAGUCGUCCUCCCAGUCAUCGAAUUCCUCGCCCUCGUCCUCGCUCUCGAAAUCAGGGCCCGCGAUCUGGCCUGGCUGCUCCCCAGGGCCGGGCCGGCUGGCGAGGCCUCGCUGCCCCAGCGGCUCCGCCAUUGGCUGGGCGGCCUCCUCCUCCAUCGGGCCUUCCUCCUCCAGCUGUGGCUGGGCCCCGGCGCGGGAGGGGUGCAGGGAUGGCUCCCGGCUCCCGCCGCCUACCUCCAUCUGCGGAAGGUCACUCUCGCCAGGCAUCACAUCCAUCUGCAGGUCAUUGCUUUCCUCAUAGAGCUCGGACAGCUCGUUCAUUUCAGACAUUGUGCAAGCGGCUCAACCUCCCCGCAAGGCGUUUUCGGCAGGAUCGGAGCUACGCGACCGUGCGGUUGUGCGCUUGCGCAAGCACCGUGCGCUUGCGUGACCUUGUGCGUAUGCGCGACCCCCCAGACACCGCCUACCCCUCGGAGCGCUGUUUGGGGGCCGGCAGCUCGCAGUUCCACCCCAGGAAUGUUCCCGGGGCCCGCUGGUUGGCUCUUCGUGCUUUCGAACUUCAGACCUAGAUGCUAUUAUUGCAAAUCAUCAUAUGCAGUCUAUUUCAUUUGCUUCUGGAGGGGAUCCGCCUGCCACAUAUUGGAAUGCAGCAAUGGAAUGGCCCAAGACGUCAUAAGUACCAUAGGGCAGGCUUUUGAACUCCGGUUUAAACAGUAUUUGAAAAAUCCUUCUUUGAAUACUUCUUCUGAAAGUGAGGAAGUGCACGUUGGUGACCACGCUGAGGAGAGAGAAGAUCAUGAGUAUUACAAUGAGAUCCCGGGCAAGCAGCCGCCUGCAGGUGGUGUUUCAGACGUACGGGUCAAAGUUCAAGCCACAGAACAAACAGCUUACUGCCCCAUACGGUGUGAAAAGUUGUGCUAUUUGCCGGGAAACUCCAAGUGCAGCAGUGUGUAUGAGAACUGUCUAGAACAAAGCAGGGCAAUAGGUAAUGCACACGAGAGAGGGAUGCAGUCCCAACGAGACACGUCAUUGAUGAAGCCCGCGUGCCGUGUGGAUCUCUUCGACGACCCCUGCUACAUCAACACGCAGACCCUUCAAAGCACGCUGGGCUCUGCCGGAAAUCAAAGUCCAGCUCACCCACUGGGGAGCCCCUGGUACCGUGAAAAGGCACCAGAAACUGUUCAGCCAGGUGCCACAGCCCAGCCUGCCAGCUCACAUUCUUUGCCACACAUUAAGCAGCAGCUGCGGAAUGAAGACUGCUACCACGGCAAGCUGAGCAGGAAAGCAGCAGAGAGCCUCUUGGUAAAGGAUGGGGACUUUUUGGUUCGAGAGAGUGCAACAUCUCCUGGCCAAUAUGUGCUGAGUGGGCUACAGGGAGGCCAGGCAAAACAUCUUCUCCUGGUGGAUCCCGAAGGCAAGGUGAGGACCAAGGAUCAUGUAUUUGAUAAUGUUGGCCACCUUAUCAGAUACCACAUGGAUAAUAGUUUGCCAAUCAUCUCUUCUGGAAGCGAAGUAAGCCUUAAACAACCAGUGAGAAAAGAUAAUAAUCCAGUACUUUUGCAUUCCAACAAAUGACAGUAUGGAAGUGCCAUCACACUGAUACUUCAGGAAAGUCCAUUUUGUAUUAGGACACAAAGAUAAUUCACACUUGGUUUCUAGAUAAAUUAGAGCACAAACUGUGAAGUGUAUCUUUCUGAGACCAUCAUGGACUAGGUCCUUUAUAAAACAAAGAACUAACAAAAAUUGAUCUUCAGAAAGUGAAAAUCAGAAAAGGGGAAGAGGAUGGGUCCCUUUGAAAAGAAAGUAUACAUAUGCACGGAUGUCACUUUUUAAGGCCAUAUUGCAUUGAUAACAAGCUAAAAAAAGCACAAUUAAAAUUUCACGUGCUGAAGACAACUUGAAUGAACUGCUGGGGCAGUGGUAUGUGCCUUUCAACUUGAUAAUUUGGGGACAUUUUCAUAUUGGGGAGAUUAGUUCUAAAUGUCUUCAUAUUCUAUAACUAUAGAACCAUUUGCCAAAAAAGUUUUUCCUUGUUAUAAAAAUAAGAAGCCAUUUGCUUAAUAGUUAUUGACUUUAUUACAUUUUCUGUUUGGUAACACUUUCACCUCAGUGUUAAAAUAAAUUUGACAUUGAAUUUGGACUCUGUCUAUACCAGUGGAAUCAAAUCAAGGGCCGCUGAAAGCAAUGGUCAGUUUCAUUGGCCUGUCCCAUUUGCUGUUUAAAGGGUUGGAGCCCAGAUUCUUUGGCCUAGUAUUUCUCAGUCUUUGCUAUUUGGACUGUUUGUAUGCAACAUAUGACAAACUAAAGAAGCCAAAUCUAUGUCAUUUCUGAUUUCAUUGUAUUUCUCCCUCCUUCCCUCUCCCCCUCAUCCUUCGUCCCCAAAAAAGAGCUCAUGAGUGCAUGGAUUUAAAAGAUGGCAAACAAACCAGUGUUCAUGUUCAAUCUCCAAAUUGGUUCCAUUCUUAUUUAAAGCACCGAAUUUAUUUUAAAGUAUGGGGAAAUAUCCCCUUGAUUGGUGGUGACUCAUAGGCCCUCAUCUACAUGUAUCCUUAGCACCUUUUCUAGAUAUGACCAGACAAAAUGUACCAGGGAGAAAACACUGAAUGAAACAAUUGGAAAGGUUUGACACAUGCAGGCACACUUGGUAAACCAAUGAUGUAAUGAAGCGUUGUGUAGGGAAAAGCGCUGGACUGGGUCUCAGUGUGACCUUGAGCAACUUGCUGAACCUGUCUGGACUCCAGUUUCCUUGUCUAUAAAAUGAGGGAGCUGGGCUAGGUGAAUUCAUAGGUCCAUUUCAGCCCUAACAUAAUUUAUAAAAGGCAAAUUUUUCAUUUAUUAGGGGUCAGUGUUGAUAACCAGUCUGUAUAAUUAAGCUGGAAACUGCAGCUUUUUCCUUUAGUCUGUGUCUGUACUCAUUGAGAUCAUCAUUCAGAUAGCAGAGAUCUGGAGCCUUUCAGUCAAAAACAUUGAAACUUUGGAAAAACAUAAGUGAUGGUAGUAGAAGUAGAUUUGGUUAUUUUGAGUGGCAGAAAACAGCUUCAGUCUCAGUCCUCUACCUGCAUUUGCAUACAGAGAUAUGGCCAUUAUUUUAGAGUUUUUUUUGUUUUGUUUUUGUUUUUUUAUCUUGAGUUAUCUGGACAAUUGCCUUAAUUCCACUUCACUUUGGAUGUGUAGAUACAACUUAAUCUUUGUAAUUGUGAAAUGUUUGCUAAGUUUUAAGUAAAAUAUGAGAAACUUCUUUCGCAUAGAAAUCAUCAGAAACCAAGCACACUGAACUCUUAAUAUUUUUAUGUGAAGGUUUAUGCUUUUAUUUUACUUUUACUGCCAUUGGCUUCUUAGAUAGGUUUGUUUCCUUUUAUACAACUAGGAAGCAAUGUAUUUUUCCUCAAUUUUGCGUACACCGUAGUUCUUGAUUAUUUGUCCUCGUAAAGGGGAUGAGCAUGGGUAUAAAUCAGCGAAGUUUAUGGGUGAUCUAAUUAUCUUAACAGAGGCAGAGCAGGGCUGUGGUCUCAUUCUGGUUGAGCAGAGUGAUAACUGGGUGGCCAGAAGAAGUUCUUGAUAGAAGCUGAUGCAAAGAGUAUAGCUGACACAUAGAUGGUCAGUGUUGACUGUAACGGUGUGGUAGUUGGACGAGCAAACGCCACACUUGCAACAACGGGCACAGUUAAAGGGAAACAGCAAAAGAAGUGUUUGCCUGCAUGCUCUUUUAAUGUCACAUCCUUAUCUUCAUCUGUCUUAAGGUGGAAAUCCAUUUGCAUAUAAAUACCUGUAAACAACUUUAAAAAAAUAAUAAAUGAUUAUUGCUUUGUGA